GAACCCGCAACCUCAUGGCUCCCAGUCAGAUUCGUUAACCACUGGGCCACAACGGGAACUCCUAUAUUAAUUUUUUAUUAUCUUGUAUAAAUUUCAGCUCAUCCAGGAAGUCUUUUCCAAAUUGCAGCUCAUCUGAUGCUCCCUUUUACUGAAAACUUGUUGAUCUAUGGUCUUGCUUGGCAAAUUCUUUCAUUUAUUUCAGAAAUAUCAAGCACCUACUGUAUGCACAGUGUGAUGAAAAGCAUUGAGAAUGAAGAGCUGAGUCAGGCAUAAAUCUGUCCUGAAGCCACUUACAGUGGCAGAGGAGUGGUAGAGUACUCUGUAGAGAAAUGACCAUGCAAGAGGUUCACAGAUUAACAGUAAAGGUGCUGAAGGAGUUUAAUGGAGAGGAGUUUGAGAUGAAGAAGGAUAAGGAAACUUUUAUAGAAGAGAAACAUUUUAGUUGAGUCUUAAAGAAUUUGAGCCAGUGGAGUUAGCAAAAGGACAUUCUAGGUAAAUAAUCUGAGCAUAGAUAGGUGUGAAACUUUAUAACCCAAGUAGAAGUGGAUUUGAGAGGGCAGUUGAGAGGUAGUUUAAUUAUUCUUUAAUAAUUUAAUGUAUGGGAGCUGUUUUCCUCCUAUUGAUAUGUAAAUUCACAUAGUAUUUAUUCAUUGAGUCUAGGUCUAUAGUUAGACCCAGAUGGUGACAUAAGAGGAGUCAGGGAUUUCGCAGUUUUUAGGAGACUGUAGGAGACUUUGUAUCAAAUUUAUUACCUAUAUGGAAUCUUCUGUGAAGCAUCCCUAAAACAGACAACCACCACAAUACAAGGAUCCAACUUGGAUUCUGACAUUGCAGCUCCCAUUAACUAUCCCUGCGUGUCUGAUGUUGCUGUUGCAUCUUAGUCACACAUAAAAAGCGAACCCGUAUAGAACAGAAGAUGUCUGAAGGGUCUAGAUAGGUCAGUUUCUGGCCAAGAGAGCAGGGUAUGGAAGAAGAGAGCCAGAGGUCAUUGGGGUGGUUUCCAAGACUGUCCAGGUAAAGCAACAGGACAUUCAUAACAAAGACUUUUCACGAUAUCCUAACCUGUAAUUUUCUAUAUUUGUCACUGUUUUUAUGCACUAUCUAUAAUAAUCAUAAUGUCAGUGUGAGAAGCAUUCAAGUUCUUAUUUGGAGAGUACAGCAAAAAGUGAUGCUUAUGAUGGUAGAAAGGAGGUUGGAGCUGGGGGCAGGGUACUGUAGGCUGCAAUCAGCCAGAGGAAGAUCAUGAGAUACAGUAUCGAGGUCAUGAGAGGGUUCAUGAAUGAAGGGUAGUCUGAGGGGGGAAAUACCCACCAGGACACUUGGGAAUUUACCGUGGGGCUUACAUAUGAAAGUGAGACAAUGUAUUUAUAUUGAACAACUAAAUUGGGAAGACUGAUCCCUUCCACCAUGGGAUGUCUUCUUAUAGGGAUCCAUGGAGCCAGAAUCUGGGGCCAAUGGAACAGUCGUAACUGAGUUCAUCCUGCUGGGCUUGGUGGAGGCACCAGGGCUGCGACCAGCUGUCUUUGUACUCUUCUUCUUUGCCUACCUGCUCACAGUCGGGGGCAACCUCAGCAUCCUGGCAGCCAUCCUGGUGGAGCCCAGACUCCACACCCCCAUGUACUUCUUCCUGGGGAACCUGUCGGUGCUGGACAUUGGGUGCAUCACUGUCACUGUUCCCUCAAUGUUGAGUCGUCUCUUGUCCCACAAGCACACAGUUCCCUACGCAGCCUGCCUCACACAGCUUUUCUUCUUCCAUCAGCUGGCUGGUGUAGACUGCUUCCUAUUGACAGCCAUGGCCUAUGACCGAUUCUUGGCCAUCUGCCGACCCCUCACUUACAGCAGCCGCAUGAGCCAGAUGGUCCAGAGGAUAUUGGUGGCUGUGUCCUGGGGUUGUGCCUUCACCAAUGCACUGACCCACACUGUUGCCAUAUCCACCCUCAACUUCUGUGGCCCCAGUGUGAUCAAUCACUUCUACUGUGACCUCCCACAGCUCUUCCAGCUCUCCUGCUCCAGCACCCAGCUCAAUGAGCUGCUGCUCUUUGGUUUAGGUAUCCUCAUGGCAGGUGCACCUGUGAUUCUCAUUGUCACCUCCUACAUCCAUGUAGCAGCUGCUGUUCUACGAAUUCGCUCAGCAGAGGGAAGGAAGAAAGCCUUCUCCACGUGUGGCUCCCAUCUCACUGUGGUGGGCAUCUUCUAUGGCACAGGUGUCUUCAGCUACAUGAGGCUGGGCUCAGUGGAGGCUUCAGACAAGGACAAGGGGAUUGGCAUCCUCAACACUGUCAUCAGCCCCAUGCUGAACCCACUCAUCUACAGCCUCCGGAACCCUGAUGUGCAGGGUGCUCUAUGGCGAGUACUCACGGGGAAGCGAGUCCUUGCAUGAGAGGUGUCUCAGAAGGGUGGAACCAUAGCAAGUGUCCCUGUCUUUCCUCAACCUUGAGCAAGAUGACUUUUGUUAGGAAGUGAGACUCGUUCUCCUGAUAAUAGGUGUACAGGUUCUAUAGACCAGAACCCUUGGCUAGUUGCCAUUUGGUCCUAGCUACUCUUCCCAUUCCAGGUGGAGUUGGAACCAGGACACUCUGUCUCCUGGAAGGUUCAUGGUCCUAUAGGAAGGACCCUUUGUUUUUUUAUGCAGGGAUCCCAAAAAAUAUACCAGCAGAGAUUCUAUCCAGACUGGAAUAUGGCUGCUGCCAAGUAUUAGCACAUCCUAUUGUUAGCACAUGUCAUAUAUUUUGUUUACACAGUAUAUGAUAGGAUUUUCUACCUGUCAGAUAUCUACAAAUUUACCUUAUCUAUUUUAAUGACUGCCUAGUGUUAAUUUAUGAGUUAAUCAUAAUUUACCUAAUCAUAUUCCUUUUUUUUUGUCUUUUUGCUAUUUCUUGGGCCACUCCCGCGGCAUAUGGAGGUUCCCAGGCUAGGGGUCUAAUCGGAGCUGUAGCCACUGGCCUACGCCAGAGCC